GCAUCCCCAUUCUGUCCUGCUUGCUCUUCAACAUCUUCAAGGCCCGGGCGACUUUGCAUCUCUCUCUCUCUCUCUCUCUCUUUCUCGCACUCUCUCUCUCCUCUGUUGCCAUUCUUGCUUCCACUUCUUCUCCUUCUUCUUCUUCCCCCCGUGUACAUCAAUCUGCCUCGGGGACUUUUCUCCUGUCAACUCGUUCAUUACUGCUCCUUGUUGCCAUUUCAACGUAUCCACUCAUUGGUCAAGGUCUGCUACAUGUAUUUUCCGGUCUGAUUUGGCAACAAAUACCCAUACCCAAUUUCCCAGUAUCUGCUUCGACCGGGCCCGCAGACGAACAAUUGCGAUCAGCUACAUCGUUUCCUCACAUUCUUUCUUGAGCGUUUCCGUGCAAGAUGCGCUUCGAUCUCACCACGAGCCUCACUUGGCUCCUGGCUGCUUCUUCUUUUACCGAUGGUGUCUCUGCCAGUCCAGCCGAGUCGUCUGAUCCUCUCGUCAAGCGAGCAUACACUGCCAUUACAGGUCCAUCUGGCAAUGCAUGCUCACGUCUUGAAGUGCGUGACCUUCAAAAGAACAACCCCGACCAAUGGAACCUGUUCUUGUUAGCUAUGCAGAACUUCGAGGCCAUGGAUCAAAAGGAUAAGUUCUCCUAUUAUCAAUUAUCAGCUGUCCACGGGCGCCCCUUCACUCCCUGGAAUGACGUCGCUCGAAAGUCGAGAAGCGAUGGCAGCGGCGCCGGCUAUUGCUUCCACAUCUCAAACAUGUUCUUGCCUUGGCAUAGACCAUAUCUGGCCGCGUAUGAGAAAGCCAUCGACGACAGAAUUCCGUUUGUAAUUCAGCAAUUUCCAGCAGACCAACGCAGCAGGUGGGAGCGAGCUCGAAAUUGCUUCCGUCUACCGUACUGGGACACUGCGCGCAGAGAUUCCGGAGGAGAGACUCUGCCUUCGAUCAUCACCGAUGAAACCGUUACCAUGGACACUCCGACUGGCAGACGAUCCGUUCCCAACCCGUUGGCUUACUACCGCUUCAACUCCACCUCUGAACUGGGUGCUCAGAAGUGGCAAGAUUGGCAACGCACAUACCGAGAGCCCACGACAGGCGGCAAAGAUGCGCAAAGCAAUAUUUCGAAGCUCAAGAGCGAUCUCAACACUGAGCAACCGAAGCUCAAGAAGAGAAUCUAUGAUCUGAUGACUUCACAAAAGGAGUAUCGUCUGUUCAGCACUGAGGCUACUGGCGGUAACACCGGCAAUAAAGAGAGCCACGACAGCUUGGAAAGUGUACACGACUCUGCGCAUAUGAUCAUUGGGUCUGGAAGUAAUGGCAACAACGGCCACAUGUGGUUUUUGGACUAUUCUGCAUUUGACCCCAUCUUCUGGCUGCAUCACUGUAACAUGGAUCGACUGGGAGCAAUUUGGCAGACAAUCAACCCUAACAGUUAUGUGGUUGAAAGCAGAACUACUCGCGAUAACGCUGUCUUGAUGAAAGACUCGGUAACUAAUGGGGAUACAGCGCUGGUCCCCUUUACACAGAAGACAGAUGGGACCAUGUGGACACCAAACACCGCACGCUACACGACGACCUUUGGCUACUACUAUCCUGAAACCGGGCCUGGGUCUACCUCGGACAGCGCAAAGGCUGCUGUGAACAAUCUUUACGGUCCAACUCAGACGCCACCUACUCAGAAUAAAGAUACCGCCAAGCCAAAGUCUAAUUCAUUCAACCUGUUCGACUGGAAACGUUCUUUCCGCCAGCUCUCUGAGCGCACCAACGAGGCAUGGGAAGGCUAUGCUCCCUCGGUUGGCCAGCGAGAGUACAUUGCAACUUUGAACUAUGACAAAUUCGCAAUUGACGGAUCAUAUGCCAUAUACUUUUUCCUCAACGGCGGCAAGUCCUCCAACUCUACCAUAUCAGGAAAGAACCUGACCUCCCAUACUGAUAUUGGUCUGUUCGAUUCCAACGAUGCCAGUACUUUCAUGUCCUCUCCAAACUACGUUGGCAUGCACGGUGUGCUGUCGUCAACUGCGAAGAUGAACCAAUCCUCGAUCGGAAGCGCGGCAAUUCAGCUUCUUCCCGCACUUCAACUCCAUCAUGACGCAGGUCUACUGGAGUCCCUAGAGGAGAACUCUGUCAAGGCAUAUCUGAAGCAGAACCUUGAUUGGAGGGUUCUCAUCUCCACCGGCGAUGUUCUCACAGCCGACGAGAUUCCUAGCCUCACCAUCGGUGUUAUCUCGAAGAAGGUUGACUCCGUCGCAACCGCCAACACUUUCCCAACCUAUAGCGAUAUCCAAACACACCCUGAGAUCACUGCGGACAAACCUGCCGGUUACUCGAGCGAAGAACCCAUUCCUUAUAGUUCGCCUUCGCAAGACGCCCCUGCCGAUUCGUCCCCUGGGUCGUCGUACGAGGCUCCGACCGGGUCUCCGGUUGGCAGCCCUUCCACAUGUACUUCGGAGCCCGUGUAUGAGUAUGUAUAUGUGAAUGGGAAUGGGGACUACUUGUAUACGAGCAUGUCGUGAUAUAGUUGUUUGAUAUCAUAUGUAUAUUUUUUGUAAUUGUUCUAUUCCUCGCCGGGUUUCCUGCUGUGUUGUGCUCCCUCCCGCAUCCAGAGUUUCAUAUAUAUGUACAUAAUAUACCUAGUAGUGAAGUACUCGGCGCUCCCUGCGAGGGAAUUAAUAUAGUGUUUGGAC